AUGAAUUCUGCAGCAACAGAGGGAGAGAAGGGGUCUUCUGUGGUGGUGGGGCUGCUGGUUGUAGGCAACAUCAUUAUUCUGUUGUCAGGCCUGGCCCUGUUUGCCGAGACAGUGUGGGUGACAGCUGACCAGUACCGUGUGUACCCACUGAUGGGCGUCUCAGGCAAGGAUGAUGUCUUCGCGGGUGCCUGGAUUGCUAUCUUCUGCGGCUUCUCCUUCUUCGUGGUGGCCAGCUUUGGUGUAGGAGCCGCACUCUGCCGCCGUCGGUCCAUGAUCCUCACGUACCUGCUGCUGAUGCUCAUAGUCUACAUCUUCGAGUGUGCCUCCUGCAUCACAUCCUACACCCACCGAGACUAUAUGGUGUCCAACCCGUCCCUGAUCACCAAGCAAAUGCUGACCUUCUACAGUGCAGACAGCGACCAGGGCCAGGAGCUAACCCGCCUCUGGGACCGGGUCAUGAUUGAGCAAGAAUGCUGUGGCACAUCUGGCCCCCUGGACUGGGUGAAUUACACAUCUGCCUUCCGGGCAGCCACUCCAGAAGUGGAAUUCCCCUGGCCUCCUCUGUGCUGUCGCCGGACAGGGAACUUCAUCCCCAUCAAUGAAGAAGGCUGCAGAGUGGGCCACAUGGACUACCUGUUUACCAAGGGUUGCUUUGAGCACAUCGGUCAUGCCAUCGACAGCUACACCUGGGGCAUAUCGUGGUUCGGCUUUGCCAUCUUGAUGUGGACACUCCCUGUGAUGCUGGUAGCCAUGUAUUUCUACACCACUCUCUGA